ACCAUGGCAGGCCCGAGCCCAGGAGCGGCGCUGGAGUCCCCACGGCAGCUGUUGGGUCGCGUUCGCUUUCUGACGGAGGCAGCACGGAGCCUCCGCGCCGGGCGGCCACUGCCGGCAGCGUUGGCUUUCGUGCCGCGUGAGGUGCUGUACAAGCUUUACAAGGACCCGGCGGGACCGUCGCGCGUGUUGCUGCCAGUGUGGGAAGCAGAGGGCAUGGGGCUGCGUGUGGGUGCCGCCGGCCCUGCCCCGGGUACCGGCUCCGGGCCGCUCCGCGCUGCCCGCGACAGCAUCGAGCUCCGGCGUGGCGCCUGCGUACGCACUACGGGAGAGGAGCUGUGCAACGGCCACGGGCUCUGGGUGAAGCUGACUAAGGAGCAGCUGGCAGAGCACUUGGGUGACUGCGGGCUGGACGAAGGAUGGCUGUUGGUGUGCCGCCCGGCGGAAGGCGGGGCCCGUCUCGUGCCCAUCGACACCCCCGACCACCUCCAGCGGCAGCAGCAGCUUUUCGGUGUAGACUACCGGCCAGUGCUCAGAUGGGAGCAAGUAGUGGACCUGACAUACUCACAUCGACUGGGAUCGAAGCCUCAGCCGGCGGAGGCUUACACGGAAGCUCUACAAAGGCUGCUCUAUGUGCCCCCAACAUGGACCUACGAGUGCGACGAGGAUCUGAUCCACUUCUUGUUCGACCACCUGGGCAAGGAGGAUGAGAACCUGGGUAGCGUGAAACAGUAUGUGGAGAGCAUAGACGUUUCCUCCUACACGGAGGAGUUCAAUGUGACCUGCCUGACUGACAGCAAUGCAGACACCUACUGGGAGAGUGAUGGGUCCCAGUGCCAACACUGGGUACGGCUUACUAUGAAGAAAGGCACCGUGGUCAAGAAGCUGCUACUCACUGUGGAUACCACAGAUGACAACUUUAUGCCUAAGCGGGUGGUGGUCUAUGGUGGUGAAGGGGACAACCUGAAGAAGCUGAGUGAUGUGAACAUUGACGAGACCUUGAUCGGUGAUGUCUGUGUCCUGGAGGAUAUGACUGUCCACCUCCCAAUCAUUGAGAUCCGAAUUGUUGAAUGCCGAGAUGAUGGGAUUGACGUGCGUCUUCGAGGGGUCAAGAUCAAGUCAUCUAGGCAGCGGGAACUAGGGUUGAAUGCAGACCUGUUCCAGCCCACCAGUCUGGUGCGAUAUCCACGCCUGGAAGGCACUGACCCAGAAGUACUGUACCGCAGAGCUGUUCUUUUACAGAGAUUCAUAAAGAUCCUGGACAGUGUCCUACACCACCUGGUACCUGCCUGGGACCACACAUUGGGUACCUUCAGUGAGAUUAAGCAAGUGAAACAGUUCCUGCUGCUGUCACGUCAGCGGCCCAGCCUGGUGGCCCAGUGCUUGCGUGACUCAGAAAGCAGCAAGCCCAGCUUCAUGCCACGUCUAUACAUCAACCGACGCCUUGCCAUGGAGCACCGUGCCUGCCCCUCAAAGGACCCUGCCUGCAAGAAUGCUGUCUUCACUCAGGUUUACGAAGGCCUCAAGCCCUCUGAUAAAUAUGAGAAGCCCCUGGACUAUAGGUGGCCCAUGCGCUAUGACCAGUGGUGGGAGUGUAAAUUCAUUGCAGAAGGCAUCAUUGACCAAGGAGGUGGUUUCCGUGAUAGCCUAGCUGACAUGUCAGAAGAGCUGUGCCCUAGCUCGGCGGACACCCCGGUGCCUCUGCCCUUCUUUGUACGCACAGCCAACCAGGGCAAUGGUACCGGUGAAGCCCGGGACAUGUAUGUGCCCAAUCCAUCCUGUCAAGACUUUGCCAAGUACGAGUGGAUCGGACAGCUGAUGGGGGCUGCCCUUCGGGGUAAGGAGUUCUUGGUCCUGGCUCUGCCUGGCUUUGUAUGGAAGCAGCUCUCUGGUGAGGAGGUGAGCUGGAGCAAGGAUUUCCCAGCGGUGGACUCUGUGUUGGUGAAGCUCCUAGAAGUAAUGGAAGGCAUGGACAAGGAGACGUUUGAAUUUAAGUUUGGAAAGGAGCUAACAUUCACCACGGUACUAAGUGACCAGCAAGUCGUGGAGCUGGUCCCUGGGGGUGCAGGCAUCGUGGUGGGAUAUGAGGACCGUUCUCGUUUCAUUCAACUGGUGCAGAAGGUGCGGCUAGAGGAGAGCAAGGAGCAGCUGGCAGCCAUGCAGGCAGGUCUGCUGAAGGUGGUGCCACAGGCUGUGCUGGACUUGCUGACCUGGCAAGAGUUGGAGAAGAAAGUAUGCGGGGACCCUGAGGUCACAGUGGAUGCACUGCGCAAGCUCACCCGAUUUGAAGACUUCGAGCAAUCUGACACGAGGGUGCAGUAUUUCUGGGAGGCACUGAACAACUUCACCAAUGAGGACCGGAGCCGCUUCCUGCGUUUUGUCACAGGCCGAAGCCGCCUGCCAGCACGGAUCUACAUCUACCCAGACAAGCUAGGCUAUGAAACUACAGAUGCACUACCAGAGUCUUCCACCUGCUCCAGCACCCUCUUUCUACCGCACUAUGCCAGCGCCAAGGUUUGUGAGGAGAAGCUCCGCUAUGCUGCCUACAACUGCGUUGCCAUUGACACAGACAUGAGCCCUUGGGAAGAGUGA